GGACAAUACUGUUUACCGAAAGCGUAUAAUGGCUUUAAAAGAACAACAUUGUCUGGUAAAAAUAAUCACUUUGUCGUUUUUUACUCUAUUUUAGGAAACCCGGCGCCCGUGGCAUUCAGUGACGCUGACCAAAUAUUCUACGGCAAGGUCAACGGUAUCAAUGCUUCGCUGGAUGUUUUAUAAAUUGUAUUUAUUUGGGUGAACAAAUUGUAAAGAAUUAUCCAUUAAAUACAGGAGCACAAUGGGCAACACCCUAGGCCAUUACCAAUGGUCUAUUGUCACCGGUUUUGUCGACAUGUUUCUUUCUCCACUAUUUAGGGUAAAGUCAAAGUAAACCCAACGCACUCGCGUAAAACGACCUGGUUAAACUGAAUUAAAUAGGUAAAAUAUUAUUUCCAAAAUGGCGACUUCAAGCUGUCUCCUUACGUUUACAUCGUUCAUGAUCAUUUUCUUGGAGAUGGGAUCUCUGAAAUCGUUCGGUGUUUUAUUCAACCCUAUGAUGGAUUCUCUUGAGUGCAGUGCAGCCGAAGUGGGGACUGUAAUCGGCAUGUCAAACAGUAUUGGUUAUAUCAUUGCACCGAUCACAGGGAAUCUUGCAAGGCGAUAUGGCAGCCGGGUGUGUGUAACGACCGGAGGGUGCUUGCUUUUUGUUGGAUACCUUGCCAGUGUGUUCACUUGGAACAUCUUCCAGUUAACCAUCACAUUGGGAUUAACAACAGGUGUUGGUAUGGGUCUUACCUACAUACCACAGAUAGUUGCACUGGUAUCGUCUCCGUCCAAGCAUUUUCCAGUCAUGUACGCCAUAGUUUUUCUGGGUGGGUCAUUUGGUGUCAUGGCGUUCCCUCCUGUAGUCGAUUUUCUUCUCGGAAUCUAUGGCUGGCGUGGAACCUUGAUGAUCAUGUCUGCUGUUAUGUUCCACGUGUCUGUGUUUGGUGCACUGAAUGGUCAACACGUCCAUAAGUAUUCAAAGUUAAAUACAACAGACACUGAUCAAGUAUCAAAUGACAAGAAUGAGCCCGGCUUUCGUAAUCGGCUGAAGGAAGUUGCUUCCUGGCUUUCUUUGAAUAUCCUCGCUGAGAAACCAACGCUACUUCUUCAACUCGGUAUUUCUUUACUACAAGGCGUAUCUUCUGCUGCUUGGAUGGUAUUUCUAGUACCUCAUGCAGUAUCAAGAGGUAUAACUCUCUCUGCAGCAGCUCUGUUAUCUACUGGAGGUGGUGUUGGAAACCUUGUUGGAAGACUCCUUAAUAUUCCUCUGCAGGGCUACAAUGUCAUCAGUGCAUUUUGGUUCUUUGUGUUACUGUGUCUUAUAAACUCAGUGGCAAUGUUCAUGGAUUCAUUUGCCCACGAUAAUUAUGUGGUCCUGAUGUUUUUGGCUUGUGUCAACGGGGGCGCCAUUGGACUUCUAAACAUUCUAUGGAUGUUAGUGGUGAAAGAAAUGUACGACGAAAGUUUUUUCGUUGAUUUCUAUAUUUUAAGUGUCUGCAUGUACGGGCUUGGAGAAAUCAGCGGAAGUUUUGCAACAGGGUUGCUUUACGACCUGACACGAAGUUACGACCUAGCCUUCGUCGGGCUUGGAAUUGUCAACAUUGUAAUGAUGGUACUCAUGCUGGUGGACGGCGUUAUUCAGCGAUGUUGUUCCCACCAUUGAUUAACAAUUUGCUCAAAAUGCUUUUUGCCCUCACUAAGGUUUGCUUGAGAGUUUUUAAGUCACAAAUUUGGUUGCUAGUGUUUGAACGUAGUCAUCGUUAUUGAUGUAUUCCACGUCGUUGACUGCAAUAUUUUGUAGACGCCACUAAAGCCAAACCUUAUUUGUUGCAUGUGCUUAUUUAAAAAUCCUGUCCGGAAACCCUAACCGUAACCUCCCCGUGAGAUUAUUACAAGAGGAAAUAGUCGUACCUCAAUGUCGUCUGACCUAAAUGCAGUCACAAACUUGUCCCCAGAUGUCGCCCGACCUAAAUGGAGCCCCGAAGUUGUACCCAGAUGUUGUCCUGACCUAAAUGGAGCCCCAAAGUUGUACCCAGAUGUCGCCCUGACCUAAAUGGAGCCCCAAAGUUGUACCAGAUGUUGCCCUGACCUUAAUGGAGCCUUAAUGGAGCCCCGAAGUUGUACCCAGAUGUCGCCCGACCUAAAUGGAGCCCCGAAGUUGUACCAAGAUGUCGCCCUGACCUAAAUGGAGCCCCAAAGUUGUACCAGAUGUUGCCCUGACCUUAAUGGAGCCUUAAUGGAGCCUUAAUGGAGCCCCGAAGUUGUACCCAGAUGUCGCCCGACCUAAAUGGAGCCCCGAAGUUGUACCCAGAUGUCGCCCUGACCUUAAUGGAGCUCCGAAGUUGUACCCAGAUGUCGCCCGACCUAAAUGGAGCCCCGAAGUUGUACCCAGAUGUCGCCCUGACCUUAAUGGAGCUCCGAAGUUGUACCCAGAUGUCGCCCGACCUAAAUGGAGCCCCGAAGUUGUACCCAGAUGUUGCCCGAUCUAAAUCUAUAGCCCCAAAGCAGUACCUAAGUGUAGCCCCAAAGUUGUCCCCAGAUGUCGACCCGACCUAAAUGGAGCCCCAAAGUUGACUCCAGAUGUCGCCCGACCUAAAUGGAGCCCCAAAGUUGUACCCAGAUGUCGCCCCGAACAAAAAACUUUAGCCCCAAGCUGUACCUAAAUGUCGAUCAAAGUUGAACCUAAAAGGUCGGGUGACUUUUAGGUGCCGCACAGACGGCCCAAAACUGUUGUCAGACUUUAUGAUCCACGUCAGCACACCUACUUCGUAAAAAUUGUAAAUUAAUGCAUAUUUUGAUUAAAAACAAGACCGUAUCAGACCGUAUAGUUUUAUUGUUCUGCAAAUUUGAAUUUGAACAGACGCAUUUUUUCUUAUUAAUAACCGUAUUUAUAACGCACCCAUUGUCAAAGGAUAC